AUGGGCUCCAACACCUCGACCGAAGAAGGCGGCAAGAAGUCGACCUACCAAAAGUACCAAGAGAAGAAGCGCGGCCCGGGCCCCUCGGACGAGGACAUCCUCAAGUACACCGGCAAGUCGCGCGACGAGCUCAACACCUGGGCCGCCGACCGCCCCAACGUCGCCGGCAACCAGGUCGCGGGCAAGAUCGACAUGGGCGCGGCGUCGGGCCUCGGCGGCGCGGCCGCUGCCGGCGGCUACGGCGGCUGGGGAACCGAGGCCGGUAAGGGUGCCAAGUAUCCUCCGGCGCCGAAGCCGGCCAAGAAGGUCGAUGAGGAGGACAGUGACUAG